AUGACGGCCAUAAAAUCAUACUUGGAGAAGGCUGAGAAACUUUAUACCCGAAGUACAGACGCUGAAAUCGUCCAAUUAAAGAAGUCAUUAGAGACCAUAUUUGAAGGAGUUGAUCAAAUCGAGCCAACCGACCGUGACCCUGAACUUGUGGCCCAUUUUGUCUUCGUGGAAAAUCAUAAGUUAUCCAACAAUGUUAAAACCGAAGACAUUGGAACUUUAAAAAAACCAACAAAAGCAGGUUAUUGUGAUAUUGAAGGCAAAGGACUGGAGGAAGGAAUAGCUCUCCGUGAAGCUCGCUUUACUUUGAAAACAAAGAACACCGAAGGAUGACAGUGUUACAAUCAAGGUGACCAUGUAACAGUGGAGAUUAGGGAUGAACAAGGACGAAAAUGCACGUCAAAAAUACAAAUAAAUGACUGUAAAGACGGACUCUAUCAGGUCAGAUAUUGUCCCAGAGAUCCAGUAAAAUGUCAAGUGACUGUAAAGGUAAAUGGGCAACAUAUUGGGGACAGUCCUUUCCCUGUACAUGUAACACCAUUUCAGUUCAAACCUGUACUUUCUUUCGGAAAAGAGGGCUCGUCUAAAGGAAUGUUUAGUUUCCUUGGCGGGGUAGCAGUAAAUGCUAAGAAUGAGAUUGCUGUAGCUGAUUCUAAUAACCACAGAGUCCAAAUUUUUAACAGUGAAGGAAACUACUUAAGAUCGUUUGGUCGGCAUGGUACCAAAAAAGGAGAAUUUGACUUUCUUACCGGAAUAACAUAUCAUAAUAAUGGGAAUAUUUUUGUGGCAGACUACGGGAACAACAGAAUCCAGAUUUUCAGUGGGGAGGGUGAGUACGUAGGAUCCUUUAGUGGAACAGGAAGCCUUGAUAGUCGGUUUAGAAACCCAAGAGGUUUAUCAGUAGAUAGUGAUGGGAAUAUCAUUGUCGCUGAUUCAGGUAACAAACUGAUUAAGAUCUUUUCUCCUAAAGGCACUUUUCUAAAGAAGAUAGGUGGGCAGGGCUCUUUUACUUUACCCAUCCACUGUAUUCAAUAUGAAAAAUAUCUCAUAGUGUCAGACUGUAGUGAACAUUCUAUUAAAGUGUUUGACAGGAAAGGAAACUUUCAAUACAAGUUUGGAAAGAAGGGUGCAGGGGACGGGGAGUUAAAUAAUCCUAAUUGUUUGUCGGUGAACAAAUCAGGUCACUUGAUGGUCUGUGAUAAAAAUAAUCACAGAAUACAAGUAUUUGAACUGAGUGGAAAGUUUUUCGGCAUGUUUGGAAUAAAGGGUGGCAAUUUAGGAGAGUUUAAUCAUCCAACCUCUUUAGCAGUUCUCAGCAAUGGCCAAAUUAUUGUUUGUGACUCUCAUAACGAUCGUAUACAGAUACUGGAAUAAACUUGUUAACAUUAUUUUGUACUAUUGAGCCGAACCAAAAUCAAUUAAUUAAUUUUGAGUUCAACCAUUGAAUGAAAAACAUUGGAGAUUCUGCUCAUUCUCUACAUGACCUUCUUUGUUAUUCUCAACCUUAACAAUAGUAAUUAUUCAGCGAGUAACUAGGUUUAGCCAAGAUAAGACUAGUCAUGAAUUACAGGAAUGGAAGUGGGCUUAAAAUAUUAAAAUUCAUUUUCUUUUACAUCAGAAAAUCUGCAGUAAUUUAAAGACAAACAUAAGACUUGUCAUAGUAUCAAGAUUAUAUAUUAAUUACGCGACGAGCGCAGUGGUCCGGAAACAUUCAUUCAAUCUGUAGCAUAUAUCAUCAAAUAGCCAGGAAGGGUGAUAUUACUGAUAUUACACAGUUCCCUAUAUAACAUCAUGCUGUUUUUAGGAGUUACUUUGUGGGAGAGUUAAGACCACUUUUUGUGCUCCGUUUUUGUUCGUAACUCACUUUGCUGGGAAAGAAAAAAUUAAAGAAAUGCAGGAGACAGUUUUCAUUAUAUAAUGAUAUAUAAUAUUGCCUUGUCUUAAGCUAAGGGGGGUAUGUCAUUAACGUUUAUUUACGAAGACAACGGCUUCUAUGUAAAUCAUCAGCGAGGCCUGCAGAUUUCAGUCGUAGAAAACAUAAUACAGUAAUCAGAAUGUGUUUAUAUGUUUUGUAAGAAGUGUCUUUUUUGGACAUUCCAAUAUUGUAAUGAAUAGAUUUACAACCUUGCUAAUUGUAAGAUGUUCCACUACUUUUUCAUGAGAUAAGUUUUCACCCUGGUAUAGAUUACCUAGUUGAUAGAGGUCGAAUCCAACCAAACUUAUUUCGUCUCGCAAUUUAGGACUUUCAAUAAUUUACUGUAAACGACUCACUGAGCUAUUUCGUGUACUUAGUAUAACAUCGUUUUGAGUCUUGAUGUAUCAUUAAAGACGUUAACGUUAUGAUUUGAAUUUAAGAUGAUGAUUAACAAUUUAAAGUUACUAUCAAAAAAUUGGGGUACCUUCUGGAGAAGGCAUCCACAGCCGCAACUAUAGAAGAAACCACAGAUUGAAGUUAUAUAACACUAUAAAACUUAUAAAGUAUACUUUUUGAGAAACAAAAACAUUGCAGAAAAUAUGGUGUCUAUAAUGGAAAAACACGCCAAUCACUUGGAGCAACUUGUGGACGAGCGAACAAGACAACUAAACGAAGAGAAAGAACGAACCGAGAAGCUGCUUAAUCGUCUUCUUCCACCGUAAGUUGGAAUUUACGUAUCUAUCGGAGUUGGAACUUUUGCUGAUAUUUGUUGUUAUUGUUAUAUAUAUUAGCAAACUGUAUAUUAUUGUCAUAACUGGCCUUUGGUUGGAUUUUUUUUUAUUUAAACUGCGCAAAUGAAAGGUAUUGAAAUAUAUAAACGCGGCUCAAAUUGAUUUCUUUAUUCAGUGGUUUCCAGCCUCGCUUUCGCGUAGCGUAGGCGACGAACAAGACCAAAAAAGGCGUAAAGGAUUUUGGUUAAUGCGUACUAGUGGAUCCUUCCCCUAAAAUGGUUAAAUUUACCAUUUCUCUCUGUCUGUAGGAUGGUCGCCAACAAUUGAAGACACGCAGCUCAGUCCAAGCUCAGAAGUUUGAAGAACUCACCAUAUUCUUUUGUGACUUUGUGGGAUUCACUAAGCUGACGUCUCUCAGCAAACCACCAGAGGUAUAAAAACGAUGAACAGUGUAUUCGAACUACGCUAAGUUAAGCUAAAAUUACUCUCGUGCAAUCAGUCUGGAAAAAAUUUCCCUUUGGCAAGCCCAUCUUGGCAAUGAAAUUGCAAAUAACUUUUUAUUCACCGAGUAUAAGGGGUCGCAGUGACUAAUAUUGGCCCGAGGUCGUAGCAGUGAGUGAUGUUUCGUGGAAACAGUUCAUAAGGCAAAAUACCAACCUAGUAACAACCAAUCAGAACGCCCGGUUUACCCUAAGCACUUCUUGCCAUAUAAUAAUGAAGCUUAUCAUCUACCAUGUCCUCCUUGCAAUGCAGAUUGUAGAUUUCCUGAACGAUCUCAACGUCGCUUUUGACGAGAUAAUCACACGAUUUGACGUUUACAAGGUAAGUGCUGAGUGCUUUUGAAAUGCCAUGCAUUCCCUCCUUCGUAUUUUUCAAGAUAAAACAAACAAAAAGUUUACAAUUAUACACCUUCAACUUGGUUACAAAGCAGAAGAGGCACGAGCACGCCAGAGUCAAGUGAGAGCCUGGGGUGAGACAAAGCUCUUAUCAGCUCUAGGCCUUCUGGUCAAAUCCAUUUUGCAAACUGCUGGAGUCGGAAAUUUCAAUUAUAAAUAGAAAUGGUACGGUUUAGACGCGGUUGUUGUGUAAAGAAAGAUAUUAUUCGUUUUCUUAGAAGCGCUGAACAAAGAGAAAAUCUGACAAUUUUUUCCAUGAUUAUCACUCCUUUAUCACAGUUUUUCCAAAGUUGACGCGGUCGUCCUCUUGCAAGGUCUGAGGACCAAUUUGUUUGGCAAGUACCCUUGUGGCAAUAACGUUCUUUUCAGGUCGAGACUGUCGGUGAUGCAUACGUUAUGGUCAGCGGAUGUCCUAAGUUGAACGGCGGAUAAGAAUGUUCAGUUGUUAACCAUGUUCAAGUAAACUUUGUAAAGAAGAUAUAGAGGCUCCAAUGCCGUUUCACAAGCAUAAUGUAUUCUUAUAUACUGUGCUGUGCUGACCCUCAGGUCCAGUUGUUGCUGGUGUAGUUGGCGUCACAAUGCCCCGUUUUUGUCUGUACGGCCAUACUGUUCAUAUCGCAUUCAAGAUGGAGAGCAGUGGCUUUCGUAAGUGCUCUGUUGUCGAGCUUCAGUUUAAAGAAAUAGCUGACUUCUGAGGAAUUGAUUUUGGGAAAAGCCAUAUAAGAUGUGCGCGCUCCCUUGCAAAUAUUUUUCCAAGCCCAAACGCUUCCAUACAAUCUGGAGGCUAGUCAAUAACGUUAAAAGAUCUCUUUUUUGGUUGAAAGUAAAUUCCCAACCCCACUCUAACAUAUAAAAUCGAAAAUGUUAAUUUAAAUCAGUGAUACAAUUUAGUUGUCAGAUAACGUGUCUAAAAAUCUUUUUCCUAUUUCCUUUUCAAACAAAUUUGUCGAUUGGGGAAGGUAGAGCAUAGAAUUCAAAAAGGAGUUCUUGAUAAAACCCUGAGGAUUUACUAUAAGGCCUCUGUUGCUUCGCCAGCUCAUCGUAUCCACGUCAGCCGAGAGUCCCGCGCCAAAUUGGUGGAGCUUGGAGGCUAUCAUCUCCAGGAGAAAGGCCAGGCACAGAUUAAGGUGAGAAAAUAACAUUUUGUAGAGGCUGUGCGCAUGUGCGUAUGUGCGCAUUCGAUUGGAUAAUCCUUCAGUAUCCCUGAAUCUUUCUCGUGUAGCUUGUCACCAGGCCCUUAUUAUUAUCAGCGCUGUGGCACGAACGUUUCUACGCCCGCGAGAAAGUUUGAGGUCAGUGAGAAUUCUGCAAGGGAACUAACUCUAAUCAGCACCAGACAACUUACAAUUACAGACCUCUUACCGGCUUGCGUUGCUCAAGGACCUCAAGGCAUCAAACUUUUUCGCUGGCACUGAAGGGCUAAUAAUGACGGCCUGGUCGCAUGCUGUUCAUGGCGUUUCUUUCGAAGACGUUGGUGAUCGUACAAUAACUUAACGGUGCUGAAAAGAAGCUUAAAUAUAUCAGUUUGUUUCCUGGACUCAUAAAGACAAAUGAACGCAUUGUACUCGCAAUAGCCAACGGGAACGUUCCCUAAGUGCGGAGAAAAGAAAUAUUUUAUCGCUCCAAAUGCAAAGUAUGUAGAAAGAAAACUCUAAAGGAAAACUCUUGCGAGGGCGUAAAGGGAAUUUGUCACAUUAUCAAUUAGGGAAAUCUUUUUCGGCAGCGUAAGUGGAGUAGUUAUUAUCAACAAUCAUACCUCAAUAAUGUAAAAAGGGAUUUGCUAGACUCUUAAAUUAGUUUAAACUAACCAGAUUUAACCUCGUUUCAUUGUGUUCUACAGAGACUGGGUCUAGUCACAACAUAUUGGCUGAUAGGAAAGGAGGGUUUUGACAAACCCCUGCCCGACCCCCCUGAGGAGAUAUCUGAGCCGCUCUUUGAGACUUUAGACGUCUAAUAUUAUGCAAGCUAAGAGCCGAGAAAUCAAAUGACCCUAUUCAGUUUUCUUUCUGCGAUUAAUGUAAGAUGCCAAUUGCUUUGUGUAUUUAAGAGAUUAAUAAUUAAUUCCUUACCUGAUAGAAAUUUAACAAAUGGCAUAAAUCUUAAGAUGGCACUGCUAAGUUUAGAGCAAACUAUCAAGAAACGUAUUUCUCGGCUGUUCUAACUGAAAAUAUUCUUUACAUGUAAGGAAAAUUCUUCAAGAGGGCAUUGGCGGAAAGGCCUACAAUUUUGACCUGGUCGUGAGGCGGGGCGCCACGCUUAGCGUUUUCCGUGUCUUUCUUCCUCCCUCCCCACCCUGCCUGGAUAUAAGUUUUGGGUUCACGUUUGAUCGUAUAACGUCACACUUGUAAAAACUAUGUAAUUAAAACAAUAAAACCUUCUCAAAGAAGCUGCUUAGAGCUGAAAUGGUAGCCUUGUUUUUGAAAUACCGCAUUACUUUCCUAAGUCAACUUUUUUAGUUUCUUGUAGCAAGAUCCACAACUGAGCGAAUUACAGCGAGUCCUGAUUAGUAUGUUCUGAUUACCUGCCAUAUAAAAUUGCAAUGUUUCCAUAUGUAAAGUUCCUACCUCUCAGAAACCACUGAAAGGAAAUGACCAAUGCCUGCCUAGUACAUGGUGACACCACAUUACAAAAUAGCACAAAACGUCAAGAAAACCUCCACCGAUUGUACAAGUUGUUGUGAAAUCAUCAAAAAUUAUCGUUUAAGUCAAAAUUGUUGGUAACAAUGGAAACAAUGCAUUUAUGGACUGAGAAAUCGAAAAAUUGGGAUUUUGGUUCACGCUGCUCUGUUAGAUCGUGUAAAGCUUGGUGGUACCUCCAGCCGUGCAUUUGAACGCCUUUGCUUGGGAAAGCUAACGGGACAUGUUUUGUUGCUCAAAAUGCGAGGUAUAAGUAAAAAAAAGCCAAAAGGAAGUCUCCUACGAGAUAGUUAAGGAAAACUAUCACAAUUAUUUAGGUAGAGCAAAUGGGACAGUUAUCAGGAACGACUCUUUAUGUUACUUAUCACUUCUGCAGAAGGGUGUAUGCUACAAUCUGAAGUCAGCCUGACCUUGUCAAUAGGUUGUGACCAGACCCAGUCUGGUCACAACCUAUUGGCUGAUAGGAGGGGAGGGUUUUGAUAAACCCCCCUACCCGACCCCUCUGAGGAGAUAUCUGAGUCAUUCUUCGAGACUCUAGACGUCUAUUAUGCAAGCUAACAUGGCCGUGAAAUCAAAUGGCUUUUUUUAGUUUCCUUUAUGAAAUUAUUGUAAGAUGCCGAUCGCUCUGUGAAUUUUAGAGGUUAAUCAUGAAUUUCUUGCCUAAUAGAAAUUUGACAAACCACUUGAAUUUUAAGAUGGCUCUGCUAAGCUCAGAGCAAACUAUCAAGAAAUACAUGUAUUUCUCCCGGCCGUUCUAACUGAUGAUAUUCUUUACACGAAAGAAAAAUCCUACAAAAACGCGUUGGCACGAAGGUCUACAAGUGGUCACGCGAUACGCCACACGAGAAACCACGCGUGUCGUGUAUUUCUAGCUCCCUUACACCUGGUCUGGACCUAGGUUAUGAUUUCACGUUUGAUCACCUUAGCCUAUGGCUUAUCACUGAUCACAGAAACAUCGCACUUGUGAAAAUGAUGUCAAUAAAACUGUAAAACCUUCUCGAGGCUUAGACCUAAAGUGGUAGCCUUGUUUUUGAAAUACCGCAUUCCUUUGCUGAAAAAUACUCCAUCUGCUGUAGCAAGCUUUACAACCGGGAGAAAUCAAUAAAGCGAAGCCUGAUGAUUGUGUUCUGAAUGCCUGCAGUACAAAAUAUCCUAAGCCUCCUCCAUACAAAUUUCCUUUCAAACGUUUUUACCCUUUUAAAGGGGAAUAUUAGUAGCAUUUCAUUGUGAAUAAACAGUCGACAGUCGACACGUAAAGUGAUCAGUGAUAACUUUACGUGUACCUCCGCCAACGUCAUUUACUGCAUAACUUGCACUUGUUGCAAUAAGUUAUACAUUGACGAAACAGGAAGACGACUAGGUGACCGAUUCCGAGAACACCUUCGCGACGUAGAAAGAAAUGACAAGGACGCAUCCAAACCAGUCGCUAUACACUCUAAUCUGGCUGAGAUAAAUUCUCACCACUUUUAUUUGGUUUCUCGUUUCUACCGAAAUUGACGCAGCAAUGAUCGUGGGCCAUGCUUCCUUGUAAUCUUCACUCAAGACAAUGUAAUGUAACACAACCCUAUACCUUAUGCCCGUACAGCCUCGAUUUGGUGCACAACGCAAUCCAAGAUGGUGCUGCGUGAUUAAGGUCUAUUAUGCUAUAGAUCCAGUUUUAAAAAUGCAUUUUAUUUAAGACCGUAGCACAAUCAAAUCCACGGCCAAUAAAGGACAGAGGAAACUUUCCCGGGAAGAUGCUGACUCAGACUCUUAACUCACUUGUCAGAGAGCCAGGAAUCCAAGGAAUCCUAGAUUUAAGUGUUUCUUGUAUUAACAAAGUUCUGUGAUUGGUUUAUAAACAAACCUGCUGUCAUAACAAAUAAUUAAUUCCGAGAAUAGCUAGAAGAAAAGUAGUCACAAGGCAUCAUUGUUUCGGUUUCAAUUCCGAGAAAAGCUGCUUUGCUCGAGCGUAUGAUCAGCUUUUAGUGAAAAACACAUGGAUAUCAAAACGCUGCUUCACAAUCUUCGCGACGAAGUUUCGUGCCUAGUGUGUACUAACGUGUACACCGAUCCAAAGCACCUUCCAUGUCUACACACGUUUUGUCUGCACUGCUUGAAACACUGGCACACAACAAGCCAUGGCCGAGACACAGUCAGAUGCCCGAAGUGUCAAGCUAUCAGCAGAGUGCCUGAAAGUGGCGAUCUCAAAGAUCUUCCUACCAGUUUUUAUCUGAACGGCUUGAUUGAUGUGUUGGCCAUUAAAGAGUGUAAAACCAGCCAAGUACGAUGUGGAAAUUGCGACAAGAAAAGCUCCGAGAGUUCUUAUUGUUUCCAUUGUUGCGUGUUUUGGUGCGACGAGUGCGUCAUUGGACACAACAUCAUUCGCAGCAAUAAAGAUCAUCGUGUCCUGGCGCUCAAAGACUUUCAAGACAAGGACUAUGAAGAUGUGAUGAAACGACCUGCUUUCUGUCCUAAGGAAGAUCAUAACAAAGAAGAGCUAAAGUAUUUUUGCGAAGAAUGUGAAACGCCAGUUUGCCAAAUUUGUGUCACAAUAGAGCAUGGUGGUCAUAAUAUAAACUUAAUCAAAGAAGAAGCCGAGAGACAAAAGACUGAAAUUAAGUCUUUCAUUGAAAAACAGCGACACAAUUUACAAGCAAAGAUGAAUGCCGUAAGCCGACUUGAUGAAGAAUGUUCCACACUGAUACAACAAGGCGAAGAUGUGAAGAGAGAGAUUCAAACAUUUGUUGACAAUUUAAUUGCUGUCAUUGAAGCAAACAAGAAAAACAUAUUCGCAGAGGUGGAGAAAGAAACAAGCAAGUCGAUUGAAAGCAUAACAAGGCAAAAGACCGAGAUCGAGCGUCAAAUGACGGCCAUAAAAUCAUCUCUGGAGAAGGCUGAGAAACUUUUCACCCAAAGUACAAACGCUGAAAUCGUCCAACUGAAGAAAUCAUUAGACACCAUCUUUGAAGGAGUUCAUCAAAUCGAGCCAACCGACUGUGACCCCAAACUUGUGGCUCAUUUUGUCUUCGUGGAAAAUUAUAAGUUGUUCAACACUGUCAAAACCGAACAAAUCGGAACUUUGAAAAAACCAACAAAAGCAGGUCAUUGUGAUAUUGAAGGCAAAGGACUGGAGGAAGGAAUUGCCAUCCGUGAAGCUCACUUUACCUUGACAACAAAGGACACCGAAGGAAGACAGUGUUACAAUGAACGUGACCAUGUAACGGUGGAGAUCAGGGACGAACAAGGACGAGAAUGCACGUCAGAAAUACAAAUAAAUGACUGUAAAGAUGGACUCUAUCAAGUCAGUUAUUGUCCCAGAGAUCCAGGAAAAUGUCUAGUGACUGUAAAGGUAAACGGGGAACAUGUCCGUGACAGUCCUUUUGCUGUGCAGGUAACACCAUUUCAGUUUAAACCUGUACUUUCCUUCGGGAAAAAGGGCUCGUCUGAAGAAAUAUUUAGUUUUCCAUGGGGGGUAGCGAUAAAUGCUAAGGAUGAGAUAGCUGUUACUGAUUAUUGCAAGCACAGAGUCAAAAUUUUUAACACUGAAGGAAAUUAUUUAAGAUCGUUUGGUCGGCGUGGUACCAAAGAAGGAGAAUUUCAAUUGCCUACCGGAAUAACAUAUCAAUAA